AUGGCUCCUAUAUUUGUGUGGCUGUUGGUGCUUCAUCUACUGGUACUUUCUGUCCAUAUUCUCUCCUUAGAUCAUAAAUGCACUCUGCAGAAUCACUUGGGACCGGGCUUCAUCGCUGAUGGAGACUUUGUCAUUGGGGGCAUUUUCCCUUUUCACUACAAUCAGGAAAUGCCAGAUUUGAACUGCACAUACAAGCCUGGACCAGUAAAGUGUAAUGGGUUUGAUCCUGAAGCUUUCCGAUGGGGUCUGACCUUAAAGCUUGCUGUAGAGGAAAUUAACAACAGUACUGAACUGCUGCCUAACCACACUCUGGGCUAUAAAAUGUUUGAUUCUUGUGCUUACCCAUUAACAGCUCAGAGAGCAGCUCUGGCAGUUAUGAAUGGACCAAAUGAAGCAGACAGAUCGAUGUGUUCACAUGCUAGUCCGAUGUUGGCUGUUAUUGCUGAAUCUGGGUCAGCCGAGUCUAUCGUUGUGUCUAGGAUUUUACAACAUUUUAGCAUUCCAAUGAUCAGCUAUUUCUCAUCCUGUGCCUGCCUCAGUAACAGGCGAGAAUUCCCUACCUUCUUUAGGGUUAUCCCCAGUGAUGCCCACCAGGUGAAAGCCAUUGCCAAGCUGCUGAUAAAUUUUAACUGGACAUGGGUCGGUGUAGUGCGCGGAGAUCAUGUGUAUGGCCACUUUGCCCUGCAGGGACUGCUUAAGGAGCUGGAAGGUACAAAUGUUUGUGUGGCCUAUUCGGAGAUGAUUCCUUUGUUAUACAACAGCCAGAGAGCAAUCGAGAUCAUUCGUGUGAUGAACAGCUCCAGUGCUCGAGUGGUGGUGGUGUUUUCAGCUGAGGGGGAACUCACACCUUUUAUGAAAGACUAUAUGAAUCUAAAUGUUACUGGCAUUCAGUGGAUUGCCAGUGAGGCCUUGGCAACUGCUUCAGUGUUCACAGGAAGUGAGUACUACCCCUUCCUUGGAGGCAUGAUUGGGUUUGGGAUACGACAGGGCUAUAUUCCGAAGCUGAAAGACUAUAUAACAAUGAUGAACCCACAGGCAUACCCAACAAACCCUCUGGUGCAGGAACUAUGGGGUACUCUGUAUGGGUGCACUCCCUUUUCCUCCCUUACACAUAGUACUCAACUGCCCCUCUGCACCGGGAAAGAGACAAUAAACAAGCAACACUCUGCCUACAUGAACACAUCCAGUCCUCGCAUUCCAUAUAAUAUAUAUAAAAGUGUGUAUGCAAUUGCUCAUUCUCUCCACAAUCUUACGUCCUGCAAACCUGGAAAUGGGCCGUUCAUUAACUCCACUUGUGCUGACAACAGUAAUGUCUACCCCUGGCAGCUCCAGUAUUAUCUACAAGAAGUCUCAUUCACUAUUUCUGGAGAGUUGGUGAACUUUGAUAUGAACGGUGACUCGAUCCCAUCUUACGACCUGAUCAACUGGCAGAAGGGAACAGCUGGCAAUAUUGAGCUGGUUAAAGUGGGCAUGUAUGAUGGGUCACGUGAGGCUGGGAACGAGCUGGUCAUUUAUGACUUGCCUAUCAUGUGGGCCGGAGACAAAUGUGAGGUGCCAGUCUCUGUUUGCAGUGACAGCUGCACUCCGGGAUUUAGGAAAGCUGUCCGUCAAGGGGAGCCUCUGUGUUGCUUUGACUGUGUACCAUGUGACAGUGGCAAGAUUAGUAAUCAGACAGAUCUAAUAGACUGCAUGGCUUGUCCUGAAGAUUACUGGUCCAAUGCAGAUGGAACAGAAUGUAUUCCCAAGAUCGUUGAGUUCCUUUCCCAUGACGCAAUGGGGUUAACACUGACAGUUAUUGCUGUUGUUGGAGCUUGUGUCACUUUAGCUGUAUUUGCAGUCUUUCUCUACUAUAGAAACACCCCUAUUGUGCGUAUGAAUAACUCAGAGCUGAGUUUCUUCAUCCUGCUCUCCUUGACCCUGUGUUUCCUGUGUUCCCUGAUCUUCAUCGGGGAGCCCACUACAUGGUCAUGCAUGCUGCGUCACACUGCUUUUAGCAUCACCUUCUCCCUCUGCAUCUCCUGCAUCCUGGGUAAAACCUUAGUGGUUCUUGCUGCUUUCACAGCCACACAGCCUGGAAACAAUGUGAUGAAAUGGCUCGGGCCUACACAGCAGAGGCUCAUCAUCUUUAGCUGCACCCUGGUCCAGGUGAUCAUCUGUGCUGCAUGGCUCAUAUCCUCCCCUCCAUUCCCCUAUAAAAACACACAAUAUCAGCACUCUAAGAUCAUUCUAGACUGCAGGGUGGGAUCUGAUCUGGCCUUCUGGUGUGUUCUUGGCUACAUUGGGUUCUUGGCCGGUUUGUGUUUUAUUUUGGCUUUUCUGGCACGGAAAUUGCCUGGAAAUUUUAAUGAAGCUAAAUAUAUCACUUUUAGCAUGUUAAUAUUUUGUGCAGUGUGGCUGGCAUUUAUACCUGCCUAUGUAAGUUCACCUGGUAAAUUCACUACUGCAGUUGAAAUAUUUGCUAUAUUAGCUUCAAGCUUUGGCCUUCUUUUGUGUUUAUUUGCUCCAAAGUGUUAUAUUAUAUUACUCAAGCCAGAAAAGAAUACUAAACAGCAUCUAAUGGGGAAAUAA